GCCCUGUCCGCGUGGAUGUAUGGUAUAAGGCUGCAGCUGUGCUUUUUUGAGAACCUAAUUGAACUGAAUCAUGGCUGCAGAGACAGAUCCUAGCUCCUUGGCUUCUUUCUCCAAGUGCAUCACCAAACACUUGAAUCUGCGCUUUCAUGUAGAUUUCGACAGUCAUGCUAUUAAAGGGAACGUCGCUCUAACUAUAGAGGCACUGGAAGACAAAUUGUCUAGCCUGAUUUUGGACACAAAGGACCUGAAAAUAAACAAAGUUACAGCCAAUGGACAGGAUGCCAAGUUUACUUUGGGAACGGCACACAGCUUCAGAGGCUCCCCCCUGGAGAUCACCCUUCCGUUCGAGUUGUCCAGGGGUCAGCACGUGAUCAUUGAAGUGUCUUAUGAGACCUCACCACAAGCCUCCGCACUGCAGUGGCUCACCCCUGAGCAGACAGCAGGGAAAAAGCACCCCUAUCUCUUCAGUCAGUGCCAGGCUACCCAUUGCCGGACCAUGGUCCCAUGUCAGGACACCCCAUCUGUGAAGCAUACAUACUAUGCUCAGGUCUCUGUGCCAAAGGAGUUGGUGGCUGUUAUGAGUGCUGUCAGGGAUGGCCAGGAGGCCGACCCCAAGGACAGCAGCAGGACCAUCUACCGAUUCAGGCAAGCUGUGGCAAUGCCGUCUUACUUGAUUGCUAUUGUAGUUGGUGCGUUAGAGAGCAGAGAGAUUGGACCUAGAACUAGGGUGUGGUCGGAGAAGGAGCUGGUGGAUCUGGCAGCCUAUGAGUUUGCUGAGACUGAAACAAUGCUGAAGACUGCUGAGCAGCUGGCCGGGCCCUACGUGUGGGGACAGUAUGACCUGCUAGUACUUCCACCUUCCUUCCCUUUUGGUGGUAUGGAGAAUCCAUGUCUCAGCUUUGUAACACCAACCCUGCUGGCUGGAGACCGAUCCUUAUCCAACGUAAUUGCACAUGAAAUCUCCCACAGCUGGACGGGCAACCUGGUGACCAACAAAACAUGGGAGCACUUCUGGUUAAACGAAGGCCAUACAGUCUACCUGGAGCGUAUGAUUGUGGGCCGUAUGUUCAAUGAACAGUUCAGGCAGUUCAAAGCUAUGGGAGGCUGGAAGGAGCUGCAGGAUUCAAUUAACACGUUUGGAGCGAAGAGCCCCCUGACCAACCUUGUUCCUGAUCUGAGUGAAGUGAAUACAGAUGAAGCCUUCUCCUCAGUGCCGUACGAAAAGGGGUUCGCUCUGCUUUACCAUCUCGAGGAGCUGCUUGGGGGGCCAGAGGUGUUUAUGGGUUUCGUCAAGUCCUACAUUCAAAUGUUUGCCUAUAGCAGUGUCACUACAGAUGACUGGAAAAACUACUUGUAUACAUAUUUCAAGGAUAAGGUUGACAUUCUCAAUAAAGUAGACUGGAAUGGUUGGAUGCAUACCCCAGGCAUGCCUCCAGUAAAACCACAAUAUGACACAACAUUAGCAGAUGCCUGCAUUGCCUUGUGCAAGAGAUGGAUCAAGGCAAGCGAAGCUGACUUGAGCUCUUUCAGUGCCGCUGAUCUGCAGAAGCUGUCUUCCCAUCAAGUGAUUGAGUUCCUUGCCCUGUUACUGCAUGAGGACCCAAUUCCUCUGUCGCAUGUCAAGAGGAUGCAAGAGGUGUACAACUUAAAUGCUGUCAAAAAUUCUGAAAUACGAUUCAGGUGGCUGCGUGUUUGUGUCCUUGCUAAAUGGGAGGAGGCAGUCCCUCUGGCCAUGCAGAUGGCUACUGAGCAAGGAAGAAUGAAGUUUACUCGCCCGCUUUUCAGAGAGCUGUACAAAUUUGACAAGUACCGUGAGCAGGCUGUCAGUACCUUUCUGAAGUGUAGGUCUAGUAUGCACCCAGUCACAGCCAUGCUUGUGGCCAAGGACCUGAAGAUUGACCACGGGAAAACCACUGCUUUCUAAUGAUUGGCUUAGACGUGCAGCAUUGGCUUCCUCACUCUUGGCAGCAGCGCUUGUAUUAGUGUAAGCUAAGGGGAAGUGACUUUGACCAGCAAAAAAUUCAUGCUGAAUUGAUCAAGGUUUUUCUAGCUUUGGUUCACCAGUCUUUGCAAGACUGUCUGAUGCAGAAGAUACAGAUUUGGCAACAACAACAGCAAGCUUUUAAUCACAAAAGAAUGCGAAGGAGUGGGUGUCAAGCCCCUGAUCCUUUUAUAGAACUGAUUUAAAAAAAUAAAUAAAUCAAGUUAAAUGAUGUCCCAACCCAAGUGAUCAUAUCGCAGCUAUUACAAUGGUGUUGACUGCUUUCCAGUGUGGAUGAUCAGCUGAAGUGUUCCACUAACUGAAUGCUUGUUAAACACAUGAAAUAAAAAUGCUUUUGACUCUU